AUGCCUAACGGUAGUGGUCACGAUGUUCGUUUGACAGAAUUUGCUCAGCGUCCAGGUGAAGGUCGUUUGGGUAAAUCAAUACGCGUUCGCUCAAAUUUCUUUGAAGUAUUAUCACUUCCUCAACAAAACAUUAUUCACUAUGACGUCACCAUAACUCCUGAUGUGCCACCCGCUUUGAAUAGAAAGAUUUAUGAAGUAUUUGAAAAAGAGAAUUUGGUCUCGGCUCUUCAAAAUAUUCGACGUAAAAACGUUUUCGCUUCUCGACUUUUACCAUUUGGCGAUGCGGCUACAUUUGAAGUCUCGCUACCGGAAGAUGAUGGUACCACAUCCGCUAGACGAGCUCCUAGAGCUUUCAGAAUCAAAAUGAAGAGAGCUGGCGAAAUCAUUAUGAACGAACUGCGUCAUUUCCUUGAAGGCCAAGGCGUACUCUCCCCAAACAGUUUGGCUGCAAUCAUGGCUCUUGACGUGCUUAUUCGUCACCUUCCAUCAAUGAAAAAUAUUACCGUUGGCCGUUCGUUUUUUACAAGGUCAGGAACCACCGCUCUGACUGGAGGUGUCGAAGUUUGGCAAGGCUAUUAUCAAUCAGCUCGUCCCACAAAAGGGAAAAUGUUAAUUAACGUUGAUUUGAGCGCGACCGUCUUCUAUGAAGCAGGCUCAUUAGUAACAAUGGUUGUAAAGAUAUUAGGACGCCGUUCUGUUGACGAUCUCCACAGAGGAAUAACCGAUAAAGAUCGCUUCAAAUUAGAAAAAGCUUUAAAGAACCUAAAGAUUAGAGUUAUUCAUCGAGGCGAAGAAACAUCUAAACGUCGGUUUAAAAUAAAUAAGGUCACACCCACCCCUGCAAGUCAAACCAGAUUCGAUAUGGGUGAUGGUCAGACUGUGGACGUCGCAGCUUAUUUUUUUAGAACUUACAAUCAUAAAUUAACUUAUCCGCAUCUUCCAUGCGUUGUUGUGAAAAAAGAUGUUUUUCUCCCUUUGGAAGUUUGUGAAGUUAUUGAGGGUCAACGUUAUACCCGCAAGCUCAGCGAAAAACAAACUGCUGAUAUGAUUAGAUUUACUUGUCAGCCCCCUCAUAUGCGUGCUAAUAAAAUUAAACAAGGUAUCGAAAUUCUUAACUAUCGCGGUAACGAAUAUCUCCAACAAUUUGGUGUGACUGCACCUGCGCGUGUUAUUCCUACACCCACACUUCAAUACCAUCCUUCUUCCCGUGAAGCGAUAAUCGUUCCACGUGAGGGUUCUUGGAAUUUGAAAGACAAAAAAGUUGCUCAAGGAGCUACGCUUGGUUCGUGGUCGGUAAUCACCUUUGGAACUGAUCAUGAAUUUCCUCUUCAAUCUGUUCAAGCAUUUUUACGUGAACUAAUUCUCACAUGUCAAGAUAAUGGAAUGAACAUUCCAAAUAAAACACCACCAAUUAUGCAUGCCAAUCCACAAGGUGACGUCGAAUCCGCUCUUAAAACAGCAUGGCUUCGCGCCGGUAACGCGGCUAAGGCACAACCACAACUUAUCGUAUGUAUUCUUCCAAACACUGGAGUCCCUCUCUACGCGGAGAUAAAGCGUGUUACCGAUACCGUGAUCGGAAUUGCCAGCCAAUGUAUACAAAGUCGACACAUGAUGCAAGCUAAGAAGCAAUAUUGCGCGAAUGUUUGUCUUAAAAUUAAUGUCAAGCUCGGCGGUAUGAACGUUUUUAUUAGCCCUACACAAAUUCCUUUUAUUACCGAUCGUCCGACAAUUCUUAUGGGCGCUGAUAUCUCCCAUCCUUCACCUGGUGAUCGUGCCCGUCCAUCUGUUGCCGCUAUUUGUGCAUCUUUAGAUGCUAAAGCAUCUCGUUACUCUGCAGCAAUUCGUGUUCAAAUGGGACGUACUGAAAUAAUUGCUGAUUUAGCAAAUAUGGUCAAAGACCUGUUAAGAAACUUUUAUCAAACCUGUGGUAGAAAACCAGAACGAAUUCUCUUUUAUCGAGAUGGUGUCUCUGAAGGGCAGUUCGCUCAGGUUCUCGAGGGAGAAAUUAACGCAGUCAGAGCUGCAUGUUCAUCACUUAACGAAUCAUAUAAGCCAACCAUUACUUUUGUUGUGGUCCAAAAACGUCACCGCACGCGUCUCUUCCCUAUGGACAAAAAAGACGCAGAUAGAACUGGCAAUUGUCUUCCUGGCACGGUGGUUGAAUCAGUGAUCACACAUCCAUUUGAAUUCGAUUUUUGUAAUCACGCGGGGUUGCAAGGAACAUCACGUCCAACACAUUACCACGUUUUAUAUGAUGAAAAUAGUUUCACCACUGACGGCCUUCAAGCGUUAUCUUAUAACUUGUGCUAUAUUUACGCACGUUGUACUCGAGCUGUGUCUUUAAUUCCACCAGUCUAUUACGCGCAUAUCGUUUGUAGACGUGCAAGAUUCCAUUCCCGUGGAGAGCAAUGGAGUGAUACUGAAUCUAUGGAAGAAAUUCCGGGACAAGUUUCUACUUUUGGUGUUGUAAAACCUGAAUUGGUUAGAACUAUGUAUUUUAUGUAG